AUGGAAAAAGGAUAUUGCGAUAAUGACAGCGGUAGAAAUGCUGCUGUAAACGACUCUCUAGGAGGUGACCGCUACGUGCCUCCGCAUCGGCGUAAUCGCGGCGGGGGCACUAGCGAUGCGCCGCCUCAAUCGCAGCAGCGCUACGAUGACAGCGAUCAUUCGUAUGGAGGCGGUGGAGGCCGUAUGGGAGGAGGAUAUCGUGACGGAGGAGGACGUCGCGGGAACUAUGGUGGCAGAGAUUCCUUCGAAAGAAGUGAUCGAGGCGGCGGCGAAGGUCGCUAUGAUCAUGAUCGCGGCUACUCGGGACGCAACAGUGGGCGUUUUUCUGAUCGUGGUCAAAGAAAUGGUGGUGGCUUUGGUCAUGAUGACUACCAGGGUGGUGGUGGACGCGGUUCCAACCAGAGAUCCUUCGACUCGCAGCCGAGAGAAAUGCGCAGAGAUAAUGGCGAUCGCGAAGAGGGCAAAAACAGCCGUUGGGCUGGCCUGCGCGAAGAUGGACUCCCAUCUACUCGUUGGGAGCGUCAGCAACCUCGAGACGAGCGCCUAGAGGCAGAGCUAUUCGCCGGCCAGUUGUCCGGAAUAAAUUUCGACAAGUACGAGGAAAUUCCCGUCGAAGCUACUGGGGAUGAUGUGCCUCAGCCAAUUUCGCUAUUCUCUGACUUGAAGCUUCAUCCUUGGAUUGAGGAGAACAUCCAAAAAUCCGGCUAUAAUCGCCCUACUCCAGUACAAAAGUACUCAAUUCCUGCGCUGAUGUCGGGACGCGAUCUUAUGUCCUGCGCACAGACGGGAUCCGGCAAAACGGCUGCUUUCCUUGUUCCCUUGAUCAAUGCAAUUUUGCAAUUUACUGUCAAGCUUUACUUUCAAUUUUAUCAGCUUUUCAAAAGUGGAGCCAUGCUUACAAAGUUGCAUUUAUGCAAAGAUAUACCGCACAAAGCAUUUGUCGUAGAUAUGUUGUAUCAACUGAUACAAAGUAGAGUCGGUAAUUACGCAUUGCUUGGAGUAACUUCAAAUGAUCUUAGUUGA